AAGCGAGUCGAAUAGAAAGGGUUUGCUAGAAAGAGAGAGAUAAGAAGGGGAGAAAUAGAAAAGGCUCGUUUUAUAAGUAAUUUUUUUGGUUUAAUACUAGUUUUUAACAAAAAUUCAAAAUCUUCGAAAUACAAAUACAAAAACAGUUCUCUUCGCGCGCAGUUGUGAAGGAGGAGCCAUGGUGGCUCAGAUAGAAUCCGCCGCCGCUGAUGGAGGAGGAGGAAGGGUUGGAGGUUCUCAUUCUCCUCCCGCCGUUGAUGAAUCUCAGUUAGAGAAAACGAAGACGUUGAUUUGCGCUCUCAAUUUCAUCUCACGUAAUCUUCCGUUACCUCCUGAUGUCUUCGAUGCCGUCUCUUCAAUCUACCAUAACGAUGCCAGUGAUGUCGGUGAUGAUGACGUGGACAGUUUGUCUGUGCUAAAUGGUCGAAGAACGGGAAGUUAUGGAGACCUGAUGGCAGAUUUUGAGGAGUCGUUGUUGAUGCAACGGUCAAGUUGCACAUCAGGUUCUGGUUUGACGAAAUUAAAGGAAAAUCGUUUCCGAAGCCAUAUCAAGCAUCGCCUAACUGAACUUGAAGACUUGCCAACCAGCAGAGGCGAGGACUUGCAAUCGAAGUGCUUGCUUGAACUUUAUGAAUUAAAGUUAGCAGAUUUACAACACAAAGUUCGGUCUGAAGUGAGUUCUGAAUACUGGCUUCGCCUGCAUUGUGCUAAUCCUGACAAGCACUUGUUUGAUUGGGGGAUGACACGAUUGCGACACCCUUUAUAUGGUAUAGGAGAUGCCUUUGCUGUCGAAUCUGAUGAUCCAUUGAGGAAGAAACGUGAUGCCCAGAGGUUGUCAAGAUUAGAAGAAGAGGAAAGAAACCGUGUGGAAACUACGAAAAGAAGGUUUUUUGCGGAUGUACUCAAUGCAGCACGUGAACUCCAAUUACAAGUACAAGCUGUUCAGAAGCGGCGGAAACAGAGGAACGAUGGUGUUCAGGCUUGGCAUGGAAGGCAAAGGCAACGGGCUACUCGUGCUGAGAAACUGAGGUUACAAGCACUGAAAGCUGAUGAUCAAGAAGCUUACAUGAAGAUGGUGGAGGAAAGCAAGAAUGAAAGGUUGACAAUGCUUCUAGGGAAAACAAAUGAGCUCCUGGGUCGUCUGGGAGCUGCUGUUCAACGGCAAAAAGAUGCUGAUCAUGAUGGCCUUGAAUCUUUGGAAAGUUCAGAUGCUGAAAUGGCCACUUCCAAGACUGAUACUCCUGGGCAGUCACUUCCUGAGGAAGAAGAGGAUGUACUUGAUGAUGAGUCCACUCAUGAUGUGAAGACUAAUGACUUACUUGAAGGUCAGAGGAAGUACAAUUCAGCUGUUCAUUCAAUCCAGGAGAAGGUUACAGAGCAACCAGCUAUGCUUCAGGGUGGAGAAUUAAGAUCAUACCAGCUAGAGGGGCUUCAAUGGAUGUUGUCUUUGUUUAAUAACAAUUUAAAUGGAAUUUUAGCGGAUGAAAUGGGACUCGGGAAAACGAUCCAAACAAUUUCUUUAAUUGCUUACCUCUUGGAAAACAAGGGUGUAAGUGGUCCCCACUUGAUUGUGGCUCCAAAAGCUGUACUGCCUAAUUGGAUUACUGAAUUCUCAACAUGGGCUCCUAGCAUUGUUGCUAUUCUUUAUGAUGGUAGACUGGAGGAAAGGAAGGCACUGAGGGAGGAGUUGUCGGGCGAGGGGAGGUUCAGUGUGCUGAUCACGCAUUAUGAUCUUAUUAUGAGAGACAAAGCAUUUCUGAAGAAAAUUCAUUGGCACUAUCUGAUAAUUGAUGAAGGGCAUAGAUUGAAAAAUCAUGAGUGUGCUCUUGCACGGACACUCGUGUCAGGCUAUCGGAUUCGACGGAGACUCCUAUUGACGGGUACCCCAAUCCAAAACAGCUUACAGGAGUUGUGGUCUCUUCUCAAUUUUCUUCUUCCAAACAUCUUCAAUUCAGUGGAGAAUUUUGAGGAGUGGUUUAAUGCCCCCUUUGCGGACAAGUGUGAUGUUUCUCUAACUGAUGAAGAGGAACUAUUGGUUAUUCGCCGGUUGCACCAUGUGAUAAGGCCAUUUAUAUUGAGGAGGAAGAAGGAUGAAGUGGAGAAAUUUCUCCCUGGAAAAACACAAGUUGUUCUUAAAUGUGAUAUGUCUGCAUGGCAGAGAGUAUUCUACCAGCAGGUCACGGAUGUUGGGAGGGUUGGAUUAGAUUCUGGAACUGGGAAGUCUAAGAGUCUGCAGAAUCUCUCCAUGCAACUAAGGAAAUGUUGUAAUCACCCGUACCUAUUUGUGAGUGAUUAUAAUAUUCGUGAAAAAAAGGAAGAAAUAGUCAGAGCGUCUGGAAAAUUUGAGCUUCUUGAUCGUUUACUACCCAAACUUCACAAAGCUGGGCACAGGGUCCUCCUCUUCUCACAAAUGACCCGCCUCAUGGACAUUCUUGAAGUCUAUCUGCACGCUCAUCACUUCAAGUAUCUUAGACUUGAUGGCUCAACCAAAACAGAGGAACGAGGGACUUUGCUAAAGCAAUUUAAUGCUCCUGACUCUCCUUACUUUAUGUUUCUUUUGAGUACUCGUGCCGGAGGACUCGGUCUGAAUUUGCAAACAGCAGAUACUGUGAUAAUUUUUGACAGUGACUGGAACCCUCAAAUGGACCAGCAGGCAGAAGAUAGGGCACAUCGGAUUGGGCAAAAAAAAGAAGUUCGGGUUUUUGUGCUGGUCAGUGUUGGAUCAAUUGAAGAGGUUAUAUUAGAGCGUGCAAAACAGAAGAUGGGCAUUGAUGCUAAGGUCAUCCAGGCUGGCUUGUUCAAUACAACAUCUACAGCUCAAGAAAGGAGGGAGAUGUUGGAAGAGAUCAUGCGUAAAGGUACAAGCACCCUUGGAACAGAUGUGCCAACUGAAAGAGAGAUUAAUCGUCUUGCAGCCCGCUCUGAUGAGGAAUUUUGGCUGUUUGAGAAAAUGGAUGAGGAGAGAAGGCAAAAAGAGCGUUACAGAUCUCGUCUCAUGGAAGAUCACGAGGUACCAGAUUGGGUUUAUAAUACACCUGACUCCAAUGCAAAGGGAAAAGGGUUUUUAUAUGAAAGUGCUAACCUCACUGGAAAGCGACGUAGAAAAGAAGUGGUUUAUGCCGAUUCUUUAAGUGAUAUACAGUGGAUGAAGGCUGUGGAGAAUGGAGAUGAUUUCUUUAAUCAAUCAGGUAAAGGUAGGAACAGGGACCAUCAGUCAGUCUCAAAUGGUGAAUUGCCAAGUGGCAAUGCUGAAGUGGAGAGGAACAGACCGGACUGGAAGCCGGAAACUGUGUCUUUGGUGAGCGAGGGAACAAGUGAAGAUACCUUUGGAGCAACUCCCAAAAGGUUCAAAUCCGAGAGUGCAAGUUCCAUGAGAAACAAUUAUCACGACUUGUCUGGCAGUAGUGUGGACGGAUUAUCGUGGAAGGCCCACAGGAGGAAGAGAUCAAGCUUAGUAUCCUGAAGUUGCCCUUUCACCUAGGAAUUAUUUUGGUCAGUGAAGCCAUUAGUGAAUAUAGGGGAAACUUUGAAAGAAUACAGCUUUGGCUAUGAGCAUAUCAGAGCUAACUAUGGGUCUAGUCAUCUGUUCGGCUCGGUGUCUUACAUGUAUAUUAGCAUCUCAUAAUUUUUAGGUUUUGCAUUUGCUACUAUUGAUUGUGCAGUAGUGGGGAAAUUAGAGAUAUCAACUGGUGUACCAUUAUCUCUUUUUUGCUACAAUUCUCAAUUAUUCUUAUUUGGAGUUAAUGCUGGAUCAAGUUUCAGCAACUUGGCAACCAUGCAUAAUAUAUUCUCAAGUUGAUGUUA